AUGUUUGUCAAUUUUCUCACAGCAGCUAUCGCCAGGAGGUUCGAGCCCCUCUUCGAGCGUCACGAAGACAGACUCGACCGUCAGGGUCGGUGGAGAGACGCCCAGAAGCUCCGCUACAAGCAUCAUGAAUGGAUGGGCGGGCCACCCCGCAAAGCCUGGAAAUCACUCUUCGACUACGUCCGGGUGGUGACGGAACUCCGCUUCAGCAUCCAACGCGAGAGGUACCUGCAGUCUCGGCAUGACACUUUGUACGAACGACUGAACGAAGCCCCCUCGGCGGCGGAUAGUGGCGAGCUGGUGACCGAAAUGCAGGAACAGAAAAGGCAGCUCCACGCGCUGCUUCGCACGAUCUGGAGGCUGGAACAAAAAAAAUACAACCUCAUCAGUCGCAUGCCCAACAGAGCCCUGAAGCGUGCGCUGGAGGCGCAUCGGGGACGGAAUUGGCAUCUCUCGGACUGGAUGGAGGCCGAGUGCGCGGGCGCCGGGGGCUGCUGCGGGCGCCGGUGUGGCUGCUGCAGGCGCCAGCGCAGUGAAAAGCGACCCCAUCACCGCAGCCAUUGCACGUCGGCGUGUCUGUGCUGCACACAGGCCCGGGGGUUCGAGAUCAAUGUCGCCCACUACAUGGAGGACCCGAUGAUCGGCAAGUUGCCGGAGCUGAGGUCCCCGUGGGAUGACUAUAAGAUCGAGUUGAUGCAUGCGUACAUCUGGGGGGAUUGA